AUGUUCGAAGAAGCCCUGUCACUCAUGAAGCAUUUGAUGCAGCAAAGGGGUGUCGCGGUGCUGGAAUUCUUGAAUGCUUUAGACACCAGUUGCGAUCCCAGCCCAGCGGUAUACGAUGCCCUGGUUCGGGCUUGCACUCAGAUUGGCGCGACAAGAAAUGCUUACUUGGUGAUUGAAAAGCUGAGAGAGAAGGAUUUCUGGAUUUCGAUUCAUGCUUGGAAUAACUUUCUGAAUCAUCUUUUGGUGGUGAAACAAGAUGGCAAUGGGUUCUGGAAGAUGUAUGAGGAAAUGCUGGCUUGUGGGUAUGUUGAGAACGUGAACACUUUCAAUUUGGUUGUCUAUGCCCUCUGUAGGGAGCGCAGAACAUCGCAAGCCUUUUCGGUGUUCUACCGAAUGCUUAAAAGAGGGGUUUUGCCCAACAUAGUUACCUUCAACAUGCUUGUUGAUGGGUGUUGUAGAAACGGCGAUGUCGAUCUUGGUUUCAAGCUUAUGAAGAAGAUUUGGGUUGUUUCAGGGAAGAGGAUCGAGCCUAAUUGUGUUACUUAUAAUUGCCUCAUUAAUGGCCUUUGUAAGGUCGGGAAGAUGCCGUUUGCAGAGCAAGUGGUUAAGAAAGACAUGGUGGGAAAAAGGAUAGAGCCCAAUGUUGAAACUUUUGCAACUCUGCUCAAUGGGUAUGCAAGGGAAGGGAAGAUGGAAGAGGCUUUAGGAUUGUUUAAUGAGAUGCUGGAGAAAGGCUUGACGCCUAACGCUGUCAUGUAUAAUUCGCUUAUGAAUUGGCUCUUCAAGCAGGGAUAUGUGGAAGAGGCUCGUUUCUUGUUGUCCGACAUGAGAGAUAGGCGUGUCUCUCCUGAUAAGUUCACAUACUCAAUUCUCAUCGACGGUUAUUGCCAGAAUGGAUAUGUGCAAGAUGCUGUGGAUUAUUAUAACCAAUUUAGAGAGGAGAAUCUUGUUAAGGAUGUGGUUCCCUACAAUAGCCUUAUCAACUAUUUAUGUAAGCAUGAGAAAAUCAAUGAAGCAAAAAACCUAUUGGGAUGUAUGAUUACAUGUGGUCUGGCUGCUGAUGUUGUUACAUAUAGUACUCUCAUAGAUGGAUACUGCAAAGAAAAAAGAGUGAUUGAUGCUCUUCAAGUAUAUGAUGCAAUGGUGAAGGAAGGACAAGGGCCUAAUCUCAUCACAUACAAUUCAAUUGUUCAUGGUUUGUGCAAAGAGGAAUCUGUGGAUAUUGCAGGGUUGGUGGUUGAAGAAUUGAGAAAAGCAGGUCUAAUGUUUGAUGUAUUAACUUGUAACACUCUGCUUAGUGCAUAUCUCAGCAGCCAGAGAUUUGAAGAUGCAUUAGCUUUAUGUCAUGAAAUGAGGAGGCAGGGCAUUGUGUUUAAUACAGUCACUUUUAAUGUGUUAAUAAAUUUUCUCUGUAAGAUUGGAUGCUUUCAGCAGGCAAAAGAGCUUUUGAAAGUGAUGUUUGAUAAGGGUCUGCUUCCAGAUCAAAUUACUUACACGAUUGUCAUUACCGCAUUCAGUAGGAACUGCGAAGCGAAUGAAGUCAUUGAGUUGCAUGAUUAUAUGGUUCUUAGAGGAGUGUCUCCUGAUGAGUACACAUAUAACACCAUUGUUAGCUCCCUCAUUGAAAGAGAAAGUGUAAUUGAAGCUCACACUGAUGUCACGCGGAAAUAA